UCUCCCGGAAGCGGAAGUCUCCCCGGGGUCUGGGAUGCGGAAGUGGCGGCGGCGGAGGCCGGGAAGCUUGGUUGCCCAGCGGUUGCCACCAUGGCAGCGGCUGGGAGCCCGGGAAGCGACGGUGGGAGCCCGGCGGCCGCAGGAGGUGUGUAAUCGCCUCUUGGUAGUUGCAAGAAUUUGUUUGCAGAGCCCAACAAAGCAGGAUGCCAGCUCUCUGAAGGAUCCGGUUUGAACGUCAGAACAGCUGGGUGGAAACCUCUGGCCUCGAUUUGUUCCAAAUCGCAGGAGCUCUUAAGACCUGGAUCAGUGGAUAGGAGAGUUUGCAUGGGGAUUUUGUUCUGCGCUCACGAUGGGCAAUCGGCAAUUGAAGUACAUCAGUCUGGCAGUCUUGGUGGUGCAAAAUGCUUCUCUCAUCCUCAGCAUCCGUUAUGUGCGUACACUGCCUGGAGACCGAUUUUUUGCCACUUCAGCUGUCGUCAUGGCUGAAAUCCUUAAGGGAGUCACUUGCCUGCUGCUCAUCUUCAUGCAGAAAAAAGGUAAUCUGAAACAGUUUGCCUCCUUCCUAUAUGACUCUAUUGUGGUUCAGUACAUGGACACGCUCAAACUAGCAGUGCCUUCUCUCAUUUACACCCUCCAAAACAACCUCCAGUACGUGGCUAUCUCCAACCUGCCUGCAGCCACCUUCCAGGUCACCUACCAGCUGAAGAUCCUCACCACAGCGGUCUUCUCUGUGCUGAUGCUCCGCAAGAGCCUGUCCCGUCUCCAGUGGCUGUCCCUGAUGCUCCUUUUUGCCGGUGUAGCCAUCGUCCAGGUGGAGCAACAGCAGGCGGGGGGCAAGUCGGCCCCCGGGAGCCUGGCAACCCAGCAGAGCUACCUUGUGGGGCUGGUGGCGGUGGUGGUGUCGUGCCUGUCAUCCGGCUUUGCCGGCGUCUAUUUUGAAAAGAUCCUCAAGGGCAGCGCCGCCUCAGUCUGGCUGCGUAACGUCCAGCUGGGCAUCUUUGGGACUUUGCUGGGGCUGUUGGGGAUGUGGUCUGCAGAGGGCGCAGCCGUGGCUGAACAUGGAUUCUUCUUUGGCUACACCCCGCUGGUAUGGGGAGUGAUCCUGAACCAGGCCUUUGGUGGCCUCCUGGUGGCUGUGGUUGUGAAAUACGCCGACAACAUCCUCAAGGGCUUUGCCACCUCCUUCUCGAUUGUGGUGUCCACCGUGGCUUCCAUCUACCUCUUUGACUUCCACCUGAACCUGCUCUUUGCUCUUGGGGCAGGGCUAGUCAUAGGGGCCGUCUAUCUCUACAGCUUGCCCAAGGGAUCCCCCUCAGCGGGGGUGGCCACACAACAGCCGGGCCAUACGGCACAGAACAAGGAACUCCCUUCCGUGACCACAGACGGCUUCCUGUCCAAGUCAGUGCUGGUCAACUGAGAGGAACAGAGCACCUCCCUCACAGCUGGCGCCAGUUUCUUGUGGAGCUUCCACAACACUUGUCCCCCUCCUGUCAUCUCUUCCCCCUUCUUCAUGGUUGAUUCUCCUCUGCCCUGUGGUCACCUCUGCUCCUUCCUUGCCCUCAGAGCAUCUUGUAACUUUCUCUGACACACUUGUCUGUCUUCUCUCAGUUUGCUCAGUUGCCCCCUCAUGAAUACCACUAAUUGCUCACCUUUCACUGGCUGGCCCUCCAAAUGAAUAACUCAUUCUCUCUGCUUACCCACUUCUGUCACUGCCAACUCAAGUUCUUCAACUUAUCCCUUAAUUUAUGUUUCUUUUCCCACCAUCUCUGUUUGGGGGGCACCCCUUCAUCAGAAACAGCUAGGGGGCAAGGCUGCUUUGGGGUCGUCUCUGUCUUUCGCCUUGAGACCCACCACACUCCCUCUUGUUUGAUCAGCAGGGGAGCAAGUUUACAAAGAGUUGUAUUUUUGUAUGAACACUUUGAAUGAAGGAUCAAACAGAGCCCCAGAAGGGGGAGGUGAUAUACUUGUUGCCAUGGAGAUACUUGGCUGUACAAAAGCAAAGGAGGGUGGAAGGAGACCCUAUCCAUCAUUUUGGAGCAUAGAGAUGGGUUUUUUGUUUUGAUUAAUGCAACCUUUGGAGAAGUGGUAGGAAUUUACUUACCAUUGCUCAUUGGGAAUUUGUCAAGUUGAUCUGUGGCUGACUGCAAUUAAAUGUAAAGGGUUUUAAGUGGGGAGAAGGAUUAUGUGGUAGAACCAGGCCUCUGUGUGUCUGAAGUAAGAAGGAUCAGGAUGGGGAAGGAAGCUGGUCAGUCCUGGUUUGAUUCUGUCUCCAGUUCUGGUGGGUGGUGGCAACUAGCGGUUCAUAGUGGGAUAGGAGCUGAGUUUCAGGUGCACUUAAUUCUUUCCUGCCCACUGUGUGUAUUUGGUGUCUGCAGCAUUUGAGGAUCACUGGUCAGACGGAGGCAGGGGAAGCAUGCAUCCCUGGGUGAGAUUCACGAAGCAGAACUGCAAGCCAAGUGUCCCAUUUAAUGCAGCAUAUGCUGGGCUUGAAAUAGCAGCAAUCAUGUGGUGGUGGUGGGGAUGUCUGGACAGGGCUGCCAGGUGUGGGCCAUGCUACAUCUCAUCAGCUGAAGGAGAUGUGAGUGGGGCAGGAAAUCUUUAAAACCCUCUCUCCUGCUGCUGCUAAGUGUGGACAUGUGGGAACCAAGACUUGAAUGCCUGUGCCCCUGGGAUUCGGUGACAUCGAGUGGGUGGCUGUGAGGCAGGAGGCUACACACAAGCAAUGUGUCUUUCAUGCUUUGUGGAGGGAGUGAGGUCUAAACUGCAGCCAGAAUUCCUGCCUCCAGCUUCCAGACUGGCAGGAUACAGGCCCCACUAAGCUGAACCCAGCUCUCCAGCUGGGUUGUGGGGCCUGCUAAGGCAGGCAGCCCCAAGCAGGAGGUUGGUUGAGCCGCCAUAAAUGGUUGCUGAGCUGUUCUGUUUGGUGGGUUGCAAGUAGUGCAGACCCGAGCCUAAGCCCCAGUAACCAAAGAGGAGGUCGGUUGGGACUCUUGCGAUAGGUCCCACCUGUGUGCCUCAGAUUCCAUGUCCUGUUAGUCUUGGGGCGAGGGGUGAUGAGAGUGGACUGGCUUUUUUCUAGGGUUCUACAUUCUGUGCUGACUGAGGCUGUGUCUUGUGGGGGACUCUAACCCUAGAGGGUUUUUCUUUCUUUCCGGUACUAGGAAUGUGAGGUGGGAAGAUAAUCAAACAGUAACAUGGUGUGUAUAUAAUUUUUAGAUUACUGAUCAUUUUCUAUGACCUGCUUUUUUAAGUGGGGGGGGGGGGAGCCUGUACUAUUUGCCAAUGUACAUAAAUCACAGAUGAAUAAAGAGAGUGUAUUUAUUUAGC